AGUAGGCCAUUUUGGCUCCACGGUGGCUGGUUUCGCCCGCAGUGAGUUGGGCGGCUCAUGCAGACAAACAUCAGCUGAGUCCCGUCCAUUCUGGCAUGAUCAAAACUCACACAUUGGCCUCAUCUACAGAGUGAAAGCGCCCGUGAAGCCAUGUGGAUUACCCCGGAGGAGGUGUUACUGGCCAACGCGCUGUGGGUGAGCGAGCGAGCGAAUCCCUAUUUCAUCCUGCAGAGGAGGAAGGGACACGGGCGCGGAGGAGGCAUCACGGGUUUGCUGGUGGGUACGUUGGAUGUGGUGUUGGACUCGAGUGCUCGCGUGGCUCCGUACAGGAUCCUGCACCAGACUGGAGAGUCACAGAUCUUCUGGAAUAUUGCUUGUGGCUCGUCUCGUAAGGAGAUCACUGAACACUGGGAGUGGCUCGAGACAAACCUGCUGCAGACUCUGUCCAUCUUUGACAACGACGAUGACAUCACCACCUUCGUCAAGGGCAAAAUACAGGGCAUCAUCGCUGAAGAGAAUAAAAGUGGCAAACCUCAGGAAGACGAGGAUCCUGGGAAGUUCCGUGAAGCCGAGCUGAAGAUGCGGAAGUUGUUCGGAAUGCCGGAGGAAGAGAAGCUGGUGAAUUAUUACCCCUGCAGCUACUGGAAGGGCAGAGUCCCGCGGCAGGGCUGGAUCUACCUGUCCGUAAAUCACCUCUGCUUCUACUCCUUCCUGCUGGGAAAAGAGGUUUCGCUGGUGGUGCAGUGGACAGACGUCACGCAGUUGGACAAGAACGCCACGUUGGUUUUCCCUGAGAGCAUCCGCGUGAGCACACGCGACACUGAGCACUUCUUCUCCAUGUUCCUCAACAUCAACGAGACCUUCAAACUGAUGGAGCAGCUGGCCAACAUCGCCAUGAGACAGCUGCUGGACAACGAGAGCUUCGCUGCCGACCGCUCGCUCCCCAAACCCUGCAAGACCCUGAAAAACGUCUCUGCGCUCAAGAGGGACUUGGAUGCGCGUGCAAAGAACGAGCGAUACAGAGCGCUGUUCCGGCUCACACAGGACGAGCGUUUGGAUGGACACACCGACUGUACACUCUGGACGCCGUUCGCUAAGAUGCAUGUCGUCGGUCAAAUGUUUGUUUCUAACAACUACAUCUGCUUUGCCAGUCGAGAGGAAGAUCUGUGUCAACUUAUCAUUCCUCUGAGAGAGGUGACUAUAGUGGAGAAAGCGGACAGCAGCAGUGUUUUGCCGAGUCCACUGUCGAUCAGCACUAAAAACAAGAUGACCUUCCUGUUUGCCAACCUCAAAGACCGUGACUUCCUGGUACAGCGCAUCUCUGACUUCCUGCAGCGCACGCCUGACAGGCCAUGUAGUCUAAGCUCUCAGUCCGAGAAUCCCAGCCCGAGUACGCCACCCUCUCUGCCCCCGUCCCCUCCUGUACUGGGGCUCGGAGAGAUGCCCCAAAACCAACACUACAGCCCCAGUCUGCCCACUGCCAAGAAGGGCCUACUGCAAAUCUACCAGCAGGACGUCCCGGAGGAGCUGGGGCCUAAAGUGACUAACAUGACAGUCACGACUCGUGCCGCUACGAGAGAGAAGAUGAAAGAGGAAUCAUGGAACAUCCACUUCUUUGAGUUUGGCCGCGGAGUUUGUAUGUACCGCACGUCUAAGACCAGAGAGCUGGUUCUGAAUGGGAUACCAGAGAGUUUGAGAGGAGAACUGUGGCUGCUAUUCUCAGGUGCUCAGAAUGAGAUGGCCACACACCCGGGUUACUAUGGCAGUUUGGUUGAGCAGGCUAUGGGCAAAUGUACUCUAGCGACAGAGGAGAUCGAGAGAGACCUGCACCGCUCCAUGCCCGAACAUCACGCCUUCCAGAACGAGAUGGGCAUCGCUGCCCUGAGACGCGUCCUGACUGCCUACGCUUACAGAAACCCUAGCAUCGGAUACUGCCAGGCGAUGAACAUUGUUACGUCUGUGUUGUUGUUGUAUUGUACUGAAGAGGAGGCCUUCUGGCUGCUUGUGGCGCUGUGUGAACGGAUGCUGCCCGACUAUUACAACACUAGAGUUGUAGGAGCGCUGGUGGAUCAGGGUGUGUUUGAGGAGCUGACCCGUGAGUGUUUGCCGCUGUUGUACGAGCACAUGCAGGAUUUGGGAGUCAUCUCCACCAUCUCUCUGUCCUGGUUUCUCACACUCUUCCUGUCCGUCAUGCCUUUCGACAGCGCGGUGCUGCUGGUCGACUGCUUCUUCUACGAGGGCAUUAAAGUCAUUUUUCAGGUGGCAUUAGCUGUGCUACAUGCAAACAUGGAUCAACUGCUGUCCUGUUCAGAUGAGGGAGAGGCCAUGACUAUUCUGGGCAGAUAUUUGGAUAAUGUUGUAAAUAAGCAGACCGUUUCUCCACCCAUUCCCCACCUUCAUGCCCUGUUGACCAGUGGCAACAACCCUCCACCUGAGAUUGAUGUCUUUGAGCUCAUUAAAGCGUCCUAUGAGAAGUUUGGUAGCCUGCGUGCCGACGUCAUCGAGCAGAUGAGGUUCAAACAAAGGUUAAAGGUCAUACAGUCACUAGAAGACACAGCCAAGAGGAGUGUGGUCAGAGCAAUCAUGACAGAGUCUGCCUUCACUAUUGAGGAGUUGGAAGAACUGUAUGUUCUUUUUAAGGCGAAGCACAUCAUGAGUUGUUACUGGGGUGCGAGCAGCACUGCAGCGGAGCGGCACGACCCGAGUCUGCCCUAUCUGGAGCAGUACCGCAUCGACUGUGGCCAGUUCAUUCAGCUCUUCUCCGCUCUGGCGCCCUGGAGCUGUGGCCUUCACACCAACACUCUCUCCAGCCGACUCUUCCGCUUGCUCGACCAAAACAAAGACUCUCUCAUCAACUUCAAAGAGUUUGUCACCGGACUCAGUGGAAUGUAUCAUGGCGAUAUGACAGAAAAACUCAAACUUCUCUACAAACUCCACCUGCCUCCCGCGUUGUGUCCAGAGGAGGCAGAGUCAGCGCUGGAGGCCACGCAGUUCUUCACUGACGACGACACACCUCAGGAUCCUCCCUUCCUGUCUCAUCUGGACUUCCUGGCACAGGAAGUGACCUCAGGUGAGGAGCUGAAGGAGGCAGGAGAUGCGUCAGCGGCUGGAGACACAGAUGAGAGAAAGGAGGAGAAGCCGAAGGACUAUAAGUAUUAUCUGAGAAUGUGGGCCAAAGAAAAAGAGCCAAAGAAAGAGAGUAUCAAAGAUCUACCUCGGAUGAAUCAGGAGCAGUUCAUUGAGAUGUGUAAGACUCUCUACAACAUGUUCAGUGAAGAUCCCAUGGAGCAGGAGCUGUACCACGGCAUUGCCACGGUGGCGAGUCUCCUGCUGCGCAUCGGAGAAGUGGGCAAGAAAUUCACCAACAACGGCAACAAGAAAACCGAAGCCCAGCUGCCCUCAGCAGUCGACGCUCUGCAGCCGGAGAGGGAGGACUCGUCCGGGGAGGGAGGAUCAGGACAGUCCCUGGUCUCCAAGGCCCUGGCAGAGGCGCAGCUAGAGACGCCACCUCCAACAGCGCCUGGCUCCGACGAAGAGGCCAAAGACGACACAUCUGUUUCGUCUUACUCUGUAGUGAGCGCCGGUUCGCUGCAGUGCGAGGACAUCGCCGACGACACGGUACUGAUUGGCUGCAUGAGCGGAGACGCGGUGGAUCGGAGGCGGGGCAGCGCGCCAGAUGCCGAUUGGUCAAUCUCAUUCGAGCAGGUUUUAGCAUCAUUCCUGACAGAAACAUCGCUGGUCGACUACUUUGAGAAAAAACACGACAUCCAGAGCAAAAUAAUGGCAUGCAAGUCACUGAGAGUCGUGGAGAGACAGACAAGUACGUCGAGCGAUCACGAUUUCUCUCUGAAUGCACACUGACACGCUCAUUAAAACAUGCAUGAACACAUAAACACACGCAUACAAAUGCAAAACAAGCAUAUGUGUAUGUAUGUCCGGUUACUCUCUAUAGGAGUUUGAUACUUCUGUGUCAUAGUCAAACAAAUAGUGUUUAAAAUCCAUCUCAGCAGCUUUCUAUACAAGUAACCUCUGGAGUUUUAGAUGUAAUGACCAUGUUUCACCCUAGUAUCUGGUUUUUGAUGGGUUGAAUGUGUCAACUAGCAGGUCUGGAAUAGAGGAUUAUGGGAUACGUAAAUCUAAAUAUAUCUGUUUAUUAAACUGCUUCGGCUCAUACAGAUCAACAAAUGAAACUUCACACUAAAAAUAUUUGAUUUGCACACUCGUCCCAGGUUAAAAUAUCCCGCACUAAAAGUGUACGUCACUAAUGCUUUCUUGCACGUGUGCUAUAGCUGGAUAUAUUCUGUGUACUUAGCAGUAAGAAGUGUCCUUUCGGUGAAGAGUCCACCUCAGAUUCACUUUAACCCCUCAGAUGGAAACAGUUGUUCACUCUUAGCUUUGGUUUAAAGCCGUGAUAAAAAUCAGCUUUACUGUUUCUAAGUAGGUCAUUGCCUUACUGAUCAGACGUGUAAAGUUGGUCGAGGAUGGCUUUGAAUGUGUUUGUUGCGGUAUUUUGUGAGGAAAGCGCCAUCGUUAUGUUCUAUCAGAUGUUUGGUUGCCGGAAACUACACAAGCGGUACAGUGCUGGCUUAUCUUCGUCAUCCAAAAUGUAAUGUGAGAUGCAGUAAAAAAUGUAGCCGAUUAAUUUAGCACUAUAAUGGCCUUUACCACGUAAAGCAGGAAUUGUUUGUCUUUCGUUCUCCAAAAAUUUUUUAUUUUAUUUUUUUUGCUGUCAGGCCAGAGUAAGCAAGUACAAUCACUGGGCUUCAUUCAUAAAAAAACUCAAGCAGAGCGAAUUAGUGUAAAUUACUUGUAAAGGCAUUUGAAUUUAGUCGCUUUGAAAUAAAUGAAACAUUCAUAAAUUGGAUUGAAUGCACAAUGCAAACAACAUUUGUAAACGCGUUAAAUUGUUGCUUUGAAUUAAAAAAUGCAUAUUAAAUUCUAUUAACAUAAAUUGAUACAUUUGAAUGGACAAAAAACAUUCUUAUAAAUAACAGUAUUAAAUUAAUUUAAAAAAUAUCUUAAUGUUUGCUUAUUUUUAUGUACAUUUAUGCACUGAAUUAAAAUUCAAGAAAUCAUUAUGUAAUUAAAUGGAAAAUUAUGUAAAUUAUUGAAUUUAAUUCAGUGCAUCAAUUUGCACUAAUUUACUGUUUUGCAUUAAAAUAAAACAUUCAGCAUUGUUGCAUUGAAAAAAAUCACAUCUGUGAAAUUAUAUUUACAAAAAUUGAUGUUUGAAUUUAGUCAAACCAUUCUUAUAUAAAUCAUAGCAUUAAAUUAUAAGAUCUUUGCAUAUUUUUUUUUUGCAAAACAAGCAAAAAAAAAAAAAAAAAUAUAUAUAUAAAUAAAAUUAUAUAAUUUCUUUUUUUUUUGCUUGUUUUAUAAAUGAGGCCCUGUUACGUUUAUUUUGUAACAUUUCCGUUUCUUAGUCGCCGUGUUUCCUUUUUAUUAAAUUAAGACGGAGAAAACUUGGUAACCUUUACUGUGGAGAAACUCUCAGCCAUAACAUGAUGUUCUAGAAUGUUAAAAAGAACUGUAGGCCUGUAUAUUGAGAUAAAUACUGAACCUGUUGUUUUAUGGACAGACUUGGCCUUUUCAUUCUGAUCUUUAAUCACAUGACUGAAAGAGUCUGGACGCCUGCAUUUAAUCAGAUGUAGUUGAGCUUCUUAGCCUGUAAAUAGUUGCAUAUCACAUUACAAUAUCAGAAGUUUUAACGUCAAAUCAUUUGCAGUGAUCGCUCUUGUUUGUUUACAGUCAUGUAUCGCUCUGCUUUUGUUUGACCUGUCACCUGUAAUUCGUUUCUAUUCUAUAUUUGUGAUUUUUAACAGUUGCUUUUGUACUAAGUAAACUAGCUUUAAAUUAAACCUGUUCGGGUUCCUGAAAGGCUUCAGUAUUAAUUUUCAGAUGUUUAAAGAGCUUUAACAUGUGAUUUAAAUGGGGCAGAAUUUAAAAGGCAACAUUUGAACCAGUAGAAAUGAGAGAUUUUAAAUCAGCGAUGCAGCAUUAAAAUAUCUAAAAAUGUUUUAAAAUUGGACAGGUUGAUUUAAAACAUCAGUUCAUCUCUGCUAUGAAACGCACUUGUCAUUUGAAUCUGAAUGUGAAUGAAUCUCCCGCUCCUGCCACGUGACCUCUGUCUAACUGUGAAAAUAACUGGCUUCACUUCACUGUGUUUCUAAUUAACCCUGUUAAUUAAUGCACAAACUAACACUGUUUCCACUUUCAUCCUGCACUUUGCAAACGGAGUGAAUCUUUACUUGUUAUUCUCUUGCUGGAGAAUUUCUAUUUCUGUAGGCUUCUGUCUGUGACCUGCAGUUAUUACCUGAUGUCCACUCAUUUAAAAGUUGUUUUAAAACUUAUUGUCAUGAAACCAGUAUUGUGUAAUAUUAUGUAAUAAAAAUCAAGUUAUGGAAAUUCUGAGUGUAUGUAGUCAUUUCAUGCACAUUGUCCAAAGUGCGACAAACCUUGUAACUGUGGUCAUGACUGAAAGAAAUGUGCCAAGAAACCUCUUCCAAAAUAAAGCACUGAUGACUUUUAUUAUGUAAUGAACAAAACAAAAUGACUCAGUGAAAUGUGGCAUUAGUAUCUGUUAAAUUUAUGUAUUAAAAAGUCAUUUAAAAAAAGAUAAUAGAAAAUGUAAUCAUUAUAGAAAAAUAAUAAUACUAAAAAUGUUUGUAUUAAACACUCUUAAAAGAAUAGUUCACCCAAAAGUGAAAAUAUACUAACCUUCAGGCCAUCUGAUUUGGAGAAAUGUAGCAUUACAUCACUUGCUCAGCAAUGGAUCCUCUGCAGUGAAUGGGUGCCGUCAGAAUGAGAGUCCAAACAGCUGAUAAAAACAUCACAAUAAUCCACACCACUCCAGUCCAUCAAUUAAUGUCUUGUGAAGUGAAAAGCUGUGUUUGUAAAUAAAAACAAUCAAGACAUUUUUAACUUAAAUCUGUUGAGUCCUCUAUCCUCAACCUUGCUUUCUUGAGUGAAAAAGUUGUCUCGUCUGAAUCAGGAGAGAAAUCUGCACAGAUCAAGCACAGUUUACAAGAGAAAAUAGUCCAAAACAGUUCUCAACAAAUAUAUGGGUGGAUUUUGAUGUGCGAGGACAACAAGGAGUGAUGGACCUUUUCACUGGAUUUAUUAUUAUUAUUAUUAUUAUGGAUUAUGGGCUGGAAGCCAGUUAAAACGUGUUAAUGAUGUAUUUGUUUCUUACAAACAUUCAGCAUUUCACUUCACAAUAUAUUAAUUGAUGGACUGGAGUCACGUGGAUUACUUGUGGAUUAUUGUGACGUUUUUAUCAGCUGUUUGGACUCUGAC